UCUCGUCCAAAUAAUCAAACCCCUUUUUUCUUUUGAUAACAUAUCAAGAUGUGACAUGAUCCAUCCAAUAAAAUAAACAUCAGAGUUUCUAAUCUAAAAAAAGAAAAAGAUUGGAUACUAACUAAUAGGUACCUAACUAACCUAAGUUAGAGUACAUACCUACUUUACCAGGUUGAGAAGCAAAGCCACUAAGAUUGCCGUUUCAAAGGACAAUGUUCAAAAUACCUUCCUUCUUCAUUUUUUAGUACUAACUAAUACUUACCAUCUUUUCAAGUACCUGUUCUUAAUUCAGUCAUUUAGUCAAUUAGUCAAUUAAUCAUUCAUUCAUUCAUUCAUUCAUUUAAAGGCUUCGGCCACUCAUGCACUUUUCUACAUGUACUCUGCGACCUCUCUUCGCAAUGCUUUGCGGGUUCUGAUCCCAAUCGCUGUAGCUUGUACUUUUUACCUGUAUUUGUAUCCUGUCUUUCUUGGAUGCGCCUUUCCCCUCCCUCAGCCGGCAGGCCAAACUGAGCUGAACAAUGCCGCCGCUUUUCGAGACACGUUGCGACAACAUGUGAUUCCUUCUUCCAGCAGUGCUGCGCCCUUCCGACUUCUCGCGCUCGGCGACCCCCAGCUCGAAGGCGACACCUCCAUCAAAAACUACAACCGCGAGCCCUUCCUUCACUGGACAUGGGCAAUGCGCCAUCUUACCUACAAGACUGAACAACCUUCGCUACGCUGGCGCCUACGGCAGGUAGUUCACGAUCUUGUCGAUGUCGUCUUCGAGGACAUCCCUGAUACUCUCGAGUCGAUUCGCAAGCGAAUAGACCUGUUUGGCAACGAUUUUUACCUGGCCCACAUAUACCGGACCCUACGGUGGUGGACUAGGCCCACCCACGUAUCAGUCCUGGGGGAUCUGCUGGGAAGCCAGUGGAUCAAGGACAAGGAGUUUGCGCGUAGGAGCUGGAGAUUUUGGAAUCGUUCAUUCAAGGGAGCCGAGCGUGUGCCUGACGAAGUUGCUGCUUAUCCUUUGGAGGAAUACGAUUUGGCUGGGUUACUCGGGGUCGAGGAUAGCAAUGCCGCGGCAUGGCGGCGUAGGCUCAUCAAUGUGGCAGGUAACCACGACAUUGGCUAUGCCGGUGACCUCACCAAAGCACGGCUAGAGCGAUUCGAGCGUGCCUUCGGUAAGGCCGCGUACGAGCUCCGAUUCGAGCUUCCUAUCACGAACGCCAAUGCCAAUGCGACGAUCUACGAUGCGGAGAAAAACCCCGAAUCGAAUCGCCUAUCCCCUGAGCUGCGUAUUGUCAAUAUCAAUAACAUGAACCUGGACACUCCGGCUGUAGACCAGAGUCUCCAGGACAAGACAUAUGCUUUCGUAAACGAUGUGGUGAACACGGCUUCCGCGGUCGAAUAUUCCGGACAUUUCACGCUGGUUUUGACCCACAUCCCCUUGUACAAGCCCGAAGGCGUUUGUGUCGAUGCUCCUUACUUCACUUUCCAUGCUGGCGGCGGAGUCAAGGAGCAAAAUCAGCUCUCUGCGGAUGCGUCCCGUGGGUUCUUGGAGGGCAUCUUUGGGCUGAGCGGUGACCCUAAUGCAGCGGGCCAGGGCAGAGGUCGAAGGGGCGUCGUGAUUAAUGGUCACGACCACGAAGGCUGCGAUACGUACCACUACAUAAACCAGACGGCGGAGGGCGACAAUCGCCAAUGGAGAGUGACUCGGUGGGAUAAUGCGCAAGCGGCAGGAAUACCUGGAAACAGCGAAAUACCGGGUUUGAGGGAGGUCACCGUCCGAGCCAUGAUGGGCGGCUACGGAGGUAAUGCUGGGCUGCUUAGUGUGUGGUUCGACGAAAGUACGUGGGAGUGGGAGUUCGAAUUCACGAACUGCGCUCUAGGUACUCAGUACUUUUGGUGGUUUGUGCAUCUAUUCGAUUUAAUCACGGUUGUCGUGAUACUGACUUAUGGUGUUGUGCGAAUACUGGGAGCGGUUGGCAUCGAUGUUGAAAAUUGGUCUGCUGCGAAAGCCGUAGUCUCUGAUUCUAUAUCCACGAGCAAAGGCGCUCCGAAACUUGUCUACAAUGGCAAUGGCAACGGCACUGUCCAUGGUGAUACUAAGUGAGGGUAGGGUUCCCCCUUACGCAACUAGCUAGUGGCGGAUCUUCAGGUACGGAAAUGUAACGAGUCAUGAGUGUGAGGUACCUGUACAUAUAUAUGAGGCAUAGACAAGGACUUAAUGGAGUACUGCAUACUAUGUAGGUGAUCAAUAGCGAAUAAGCAGAGUUGGCAGCUACACUCACUAAUCCUGCUUAUUGACUUUUGUUCACGGUGAGGCACCUAGGUAUCUACACCACAAAAUCCAAAACCACCACCUCGACCCCCUCCCCCCCUUUCUUCUCAGCCCGCGUGAACACAGACAACACACCAUCAUACUCCAGCCUCUUAGUAUCCACCAACGGCUCCGUCGGCG